UGGUUGUUGUAGUUGUAGUGGGAGUUCGUCGGCGUGUUUGCGUUUCGCUCGCUCGUUUGGCGAUUUGCUGGGAUUAUAUUUGCCCGUUUAUUUUGUGGCAAAAGCGCAUUUAAUUCGAAGGAAGUGAGUAGUGAGUGGCGAAAAGCGGAGACGCACUGCCGCGCUGGAAAGGCGGAGUGAAUUGAGUGCAUGCGAAUGCGUGUGGAGAGCAAAUCGAAGUGCAAGUGCGUGCCAGCGAAUAAGAAGAAGUGCGAAGCCGAAAAGGAAGCGAAGCAAGGUGGGCAGUGAAAAGUGCAACGAAAAACGGCAGAGGAAACUGCAAUAAAUCAACAAAAAAAAAAAGGAAAAUAUUCUACGUGACGCGAAAUUAAAUGCGCUCGCUCCUUCUCGCUCGCACGCGCGCCCCGUCUCUUACUCUUUGUUGAAAUUUAACUGCGAGCAGAACAGGGUCAAAAAAAAAAAAAAAAUAAAUAAAAUAAAAAACACGUCGAGAAAUACUCGUGUAUAUAGAGUUCUAGGUAAUUCCUACCUUCCGUUUUUCGCGGUUAACGCGCGUGAUUCAUAAACCCGUCUUCAAGAUACGAAACCAAAAACAGAAAACACAGCGUGCAUUGAACCUGCUGGAAGCGCUGGCCACCAGGAAUCGCUUCAAUCAUGGAAAACAACAUCUGUGCAAUAGUCGAAUAUGAGUACGCGGCCAAGGAGCCGGACGAGCUGGAUCUCCAGAAAGGUGCCAUUAUCCAUCGGAUCAAGCAGAUGCCCGGCGGCUGGUGGCAGGGCACCCUGAAGGCCUCCGGCGUAACGGGGAUGUUUCCGGAUAACUUUGUGCGCGUGCUGGAGUCCGGAGUCAGUAGCAAUGGCAACGGAACCACUGGCAGUGGCGACCACAUCGAGGUGGGCACCGCUGUGCAGCUGAGGGACAAAUCCGCGACAUCGAAUCGCCGCUGCAAAGUCAUCUAUAGCUACACACAAGUCAACGACGACGAACUGACGUUGGCCGUGGGUGAUGUCAUUGAAUUCCUAGGGGAGGUCGAGGAAGGCUGGUGGCGCGGUCGUCUGCGCAGCAAAGUCGGCGUCUUCCCAUCGAACUUUGUGCAACAUAUCGAGCCGUCUCCCGUUUUGGCCUCCAAACGGCCACCGACAAUUGGCGCCACCGUGACCACAUCGGCGCUGACGUCCAAGGCGGCCAAUGUGGCCAAUGUGGCAGCCACAGCCACAGUACCAACCGGCGGAGCAGUGCCUCCUGCGUCCACCAGCAUCUCCACCUCCACAACUAAGCAGGCAACGAAGAGCAGGGCAACUGCAGCAGCAGCAGCAUCUGCUCCAGCGGAGCCGGCGGCCAUAGUUUCGGGAUCGGGAGCAGCAGCUGGUGGAGGAGCAGCGGCAGCAGUGCCCAUGUUGCCACCCAAGCCGCAGCGGGAGUUCUGCCGGGUGGAGUUCCCCUACGCCCCGCAGAACGACGAUGAACUGGAGCUGAAGGUGGACGACAUAAUCGCAGUUAUCAGCACGGAACUGCCCGAUAAGGGCUGGUGGAAAGGAGAAAUCCGCGGCAAAGUGGGCGUCUUUCCCGACAAUUUUGUCAAAAUGCUGGCACCUUCGGAAGCAACAGCAGCUCCACCGUUGCCACGGCCACGCCCACGCACCCGGCCUGGAAUGGGCGGAACGGGAGCCGGAUCCGGGUCCGGAAUUAUAGAUGGGGUCCGUACUCCACGGCGGACGCAGCGAGGCGGCUCUUUCGAGUUCUUGGGCGCGCGUAUGGCCAGCUUUAUCACCACGAUUUUUGCACCGAUCAACGAGCCACCGAGUGCCACACAGAUUACGCAGAAUCAGAGGAAGGUCAGCAACACCGCCAGCACCACCAGCCACAUGACCACAACGAACUCAAGCAAUUCCAGCACCACCUCGGUGACCACGCAGCAGCAGAAGGAGCAGAUCGGAGGCAGUUCCUCCACCACAUCGAAGGUGUACAUCAAGAAGACCGGGAGCAGUAGCAAUAGCACUACCAGCAGCACCACCACAGCUUCCUCUUCGGCGGGUCGCAAGGAGAGCUUUGGUUCCCGUGACUCCCUGAACGAUAUCCUUAGUGAAACGGGUCUGCCCACCGGCAAUGUGGCUGCCCAAAGGAAAUCCCUGGAGAACAAGAACCUGGACCUGACUAAGCCACCUGGAGUGGGAGCAUCAGUGUCCAUUGGACAGCAGCGGAGCAGCACCUCUAGUGCCACCACCUCCUCAGCCACUACAGUAGCCACUGGACUAACCUCAUCAUCAGUGAGCAAGUCCAUGGAGAACAUGCUGGACGAGAAGGUCAAGUCGCCACCACCGCCGGUGCUCAGCAAGAAGCCCAGUGUGCCGCUCAAGAAAACUCCCACCGGCGGAGUUCCUAUGACUGGUAACCUUUUGGGCGGCAAGAAAAAGAAUACCGAGGGAAAGCUCACCACUGCCGUGUCCCAUGAUUUGGCGGAUGGUCUUGCGGCCAGCAAGAUGCUUUCAGGUGCUAAUCAACUACCUGAAUCUGGAGCAGCUGGCAAUGUGGUGAUCCGGAGAGCUGCCACGAUUGCAGUGGAGGAUACAGAUUUCGAUCGCGUGGAGAGGGCUUCCAUACUCACGGAUAUGCGGCAAGGAAGGGUCAAGGCGCCAAAGAGACGUCCACCAUCGGCGGCUAUCAAUGUGCUGGGCGAAAGUAAUAACAAUUCCGUAUAUGUAAAUGGCAGUGGAAUGUCCGGAUCUGGUGGAGCAGGAAGUGCCAGUGAGUUGAGUGAAGAUGGCGGUGCUGGAGGGAAGACUUCUGAUGACAAUUCCACCGGCGAGGAACCACAGUUGGCCAAACCCAAGCCACGUGAGUGGGAGAAGAAGAAGGCGCCUUGGAUGGAGGAGCUGAAGGCCUCGCAGGUCACCAGGAAAAAGACCUCACCCAGUGUGGAGCCACGAGGAGCUUCGGUGGCCGAAAGGACAUCCAAACUCUUUGCGGCCGAGCAAGCUGUCAGCAGCAAUAGCAGCAGUAUCACAACGAAAGUCCAAUCUUCAGCGGUGACCUCCUCCAUGUUUGUGGAGAACUCAACGACCAGCAGCUCGGUGAUCACCAGUAGCUCCCACACCACCACCAACGAUGCCAUCAUGUCGCGCAGCUUGUCGGCUGCCAAAGUCCAAACCGCCAGCAGCGACGAGGAGACGAGAGCCACAAGGCCAAACAGUCUAGCUAUACGAAAUCAACGAAGUGUUUCGCCUCUGGUAAAGAGCUCCAAUGCCAGCAGCUCGCAGUCCCAGGAGGAGAAGCCCACCAGCCAGCUGAACAACCACCAGGAUGCCAGUUCCUCAAGGGUGGCCCAAUUGGAGCAACGGGUGGAUAAGCUGGAGGGGCUGGUGCUAAACCAACAGCGAACCAUUGAGGAGCUGGUAAAUGCCCUGAAAUCGGAAGCUGAACGCGUCAAGAUUUUGAGGAGCGAACUGGACAAAUACGCGCAGUGCGUGACGCAAGUUUGAGCCUAGUUGAAUCGCCUUUUAGCUAGCUUUUGAAUACUUGAUUUUUAGCGUCUGCUGAACUCUACAAUAUACCCAGGCCUAAAAGCGUAGAACGUAGUAGAGUAGAGACCGAACCCAAGACAAUCCCAAAUAUCUGUACUCUGUGUUCUGUACUUAUAUACCAGAAUGAUCUAUCCAAAACCACUAGCGAUCAAUCGUUUUUGCAUGCCAAAACCGUUUCGUUUUUCGCUACAAUACUUUGUAUUCCCCUGUAUAUCUGAUAAUUUCGAUAAGUAUUUUUUAUACACUCGUACAUUCCGAAGAGCAAAAGGGUGUGAUUUCUUUUAGCUGCUUUCGAUUGCGAUUUGUUUUGUUUAUUCGAUUUAUGAUUAUUUUUUAAAGAUGUAUUAAAGUUAUGAGUAAACUGUACUAUAAACUAUAUACCUAACGAGAGAGAAACAUACAAAGUUCGAUGGAGUCGAUGAUGAUGCCUAAAACUUAAGCAAUACCAAUAAAUAAUGCAAAUAAAUACUUCAAUGUUUUCUGAAUGUUUUUCAUUUUCUUAUUUCGAUGUGAUUCUGCUUUUAUUUUUUUCUAAAUGACUGAUAUAGAUAGUUAGCGAUGUAGAGAAUCCACAUAUCUAAGCCCGGAUAAUAAACUAACCUUUUUGAUAAAAUUUCUUUUUCAUAACAGCAAGCAAACUCGUCGCGGGAAAUUCGACAAUUGGAUGUUUUAAUUGAUCAGCGGAUCAGAUCAGCCGUUAGAUCGAACGAUCCAGAUAUAUUAGAUAUUUAUAACCCAGACCCGCCUGUACAGAAUAUUCCUUUUUCUUUUGUGAUAAGCCUCCGCAUAACCAGCUUUGUAGUCUAAUCAAAUCAAUCUGCGUAGCUAGCCACCCGCAAUUCCCGAUUGUUAGCAAAUAUGUUGUGGUUUACUUGGAAAUAUCGCAUUUUGUAUGGCUUAACAUGUAAAUAUUAUUGU